GGGCACAUAAAAUGAGAGGGAAAGAGUGAAAGGAAGAAAGAGAAAGGGUGGGAAGGAGUGAGUGAGAGAAACACGACUCAGGGAGUGUUGUAUGGAGGCUCGUCAACCCAACACAGCCAAGCACGAAGAAAGUAGCACUCAGCCAGGGGAGCCCUCUAGGUUUACCUCCUCCUGUUCAUGCCUGUCUAGGUGUUCUACGCUGGAGGAAGAGCAGGAGGAGGACGGGGAGGAAGCUCAGGUUGCAGUGUAUUGUGUUAUGGUGCCGUGUCUGAGCCAGGACACUAGGAGCCAGGCCAGAGAAUGUGUCUCCCAUGCAAGAAAAUGUCCAAGUCUUUGAAGAAAAUCGUAGAGGAGAGUCGGGAGAAGAAUAUACCCGAGGUCGAUAUGUGCGACAGGGGUGUAUCAAACAUGUUGGACAUUCCAGGGUUAUUCACACUGUCCAACAUUACCCAGCUGGUUCUGAGUCACAACAAGCUCACAACCAUUCCUGCCAACGUGGCUGACUUGAAGAACCUGGAGGUUCUCAAUGUGUUCAACAACCAGAUAGAAGAGCUGCCCACUCAGAUCAGCAGCCUGCAGAAGCUCAAACACCUCAACCUUGGUAUGAACAGGAUGAGUGCUCUGCCCCGAGGCUUCGGGUCCCUGCCUGCUCUGGAGGUGCUGGACCUGACCUACAACAACCUGAACGAGAGCUCACUGCCCGGCAAUUUCUUCUACCUCACUACCCUGCGUGCACUCUAUCUCAGUGACAACGACUUUGAGAUGCUUCCUCCAGACAUCGGCAAGCUGGGCAAGCUGCAGAUUCUGAGUCUGAGGGAUAAUGACCUCAUCUCUCUGCCUAAAGAGAUAGGAGACCUGGCCCAGCUCAAAGAGCUCCACAUUCAGGGCAACAGGCUCACUGUGCUGCCCCCUGAACUGGGUAAUCUGGAUCUGACUGGGCCUAAGCAGGUGUUCAAGGCUGAGAAUAACCCGUGGGUGACCCCCAUUGCAGACCAGUUCCAGCUGGGAGUCUCCCAUGUGUUUGAAUACGUCCGCUCUGAGACCUACAAGUAUCUGUACGGCCGACACAUGCAGGCCAACCCCGAGCCUCCGAAGAAGAACAACGACAAAACCAAAAAGAUCAGCCGCAAGCCCCUGGCCGCCAAAAACAAAUGAGAGAGAGGAGGAUGAGAAGGAUGAAGAGGAGGAGGAGCUGACCGCUUGUUUGCCCCUUUUUUUUAUGUAUUUAUCAGAGGAACACAGAACUACAUUUUAUACUGCUCUAUGUUCAGGAUGUCACACUAGUGUUAGAAUGGUAGGCCACCAUGCAUCUUUAUUCAACAGCCACAGAGGCCGAUUUUAUUACAGCACCCUUUUAAGCAGACCAAAGGACUGAUUCAGUCAACCCAUCCUCUUCAAACCAAUUCAUAAAGCGUCUUUUAUUAACUUUUCUCAGACAGUGUGAUUUUAAACCAUCAGCAAUUUGUUUCUUAACUUAAUUUGGAAGAUAAAUCAUUUCCCAAGCCAUAUCUGUAGUGGUGAAGUCGUUAUACAGGUUGACGGGCUCUGGCCCCUGUGGUCCCACAGUAACUGAAUUAGCUUGUCCUGGCGGGGGAGACUAUUGUGAAACAAUGCUAAUUUGUGUAGCUAUCUGCCGACACAAAACGCCUUGUAGAGUAACCACCAGAGAGACGGCAUUAGCUUCACCCCGCGUUUGAUUUGAUCCAGCUUACCAGAGAGCGAGCGAGACGAGAGGGUGAGGGGAGGGACGCCGGGUGAGGGAGGAGUUUGGGGGGGGGUGUAGGAAGGAGAGCAGGCCAUUUUGGAGAGAGGGGAUGAGGGAGAGUGAGGAGAGAGGAGUAGGCCAUUUGGAGAUGGUCAUAUCCGACCCCUCCAGCACUCCCUGGUGACUCCUUGUCUCCACUGUAGUGAGACAGGUUGUGUAAAGGCAGCCGCUGCAGCCCGAGUGGAUGGAGGGAUUUUAGACGGCUUUAAAGGGUCUUAACUGCAUCUGUUGUAUCCUGCCCUCGAGGGGAGUAGAGGGGUAUAAAGUCACUGACUGUUACCUUUUCCUGCAUUUGCUCUUCUUACAGUCUUGUUUUCUAACACAGGGAUAUGUAUCCUCACUGUCUCUUGUGGUCAAUUGUACAUGUUCGCUGUCUACGAGCUAUGGGAGCCAGCAGUGGCCAAAAUGCCCACAGAGCUCAUUUUUUAUAAAGGAUAACAAGUAGCUUUCAACAAUGGGGUGGCCAUGUACCUUAGAUAUCAGUCAUAUGGGACAUAACACUGAAACAAUAUGGCGUCCUAAAGUUGCAAUCCAUUAUAGUCUGGUACGGUGCUCGGUCAUAAUCCACUUUGUAAAACCGUUGUCCAAGUCUUUUCAAUGGAGAUACUGGAGUAUUUUGAUUGUUCCAUUUUGUCAAGUGACUUUGAAAUACAUCUACAUCUGCAAUUAUCUGGGACAAGCCAUAGAAUAGCCAUUGAUAGCCUGAGUCUUUACUGAAAGUGUUAUUUUUAAACGUGCCUCGGAAACACACGCUUCCUGACAACUGUCCUUAACAUUUCAGCUUAAUAAUGUCAAUGAAAAGAAUGUACUCCUUUUUGUUGUGCUUUUAUCAAGCCAUGCGCCAGAUGCCACAAUAUACUGUACGUUACAUGUGUUCUGUUUUCAAUAUUUUAAAUAAAGCAAUCCAUUUGGUUUGAGUUUA